CACUGGUAUGUGUGCUUUCAGGAGGCAGUGACGUUUGGCGAUGUGGCGGUGCACUUCUCGAGGGAAGAGUGGCAGUGUCUAGACCCCGGCCAGAGAGCUCUCUACCGGGAGGUGAUGCUGGAGAACCACAGCAGUGUGGCUGGACUCGCAGGAGUCCUGGUCUUCAAGCCUGAGCUGAUCUCCCGCCUGGAGCAGGGGCAGGAGCCAUGGGUACUGGACCUGAAGGGAUUGGAGAACAGAGAGCUGCCAAGGACCUCCCCGACAGAUUCUACUCUUAGGACUGAUAAUGAGCAGGCUUGUGAGGAAAUGGAUAUUCUAAGAUCAGAAUUACAUGGAAUGAGGAUCAGAAUCCCUCUACAGGAUUUUCCUCCAAAUCCUGGCUUUGCAGACACUUCUGGUUCUGAGGUCUGGCUAGAGAGUAAUCAGAGCAGUCCUCCUAGGCUGACAGAAAUAAAAAACUGUUUCAGCACAGACUCUGUGAUGCUCAAGAAGACCUUCACCCAGGAGAACUCCAAGGGGCAUAACAAAGUGGGGGACGAUGGCAGCUUGGACUGUAACCCUAAUGGGAACCAGAGAGAUACUGCCAAAGAUGCAGCAGAAAGAUGUGAUGGGUGUGGCAGAAACUUUAGAUCCAUUUCAGACAUUGCUCAGUGUUGGAAAGUAAAUAUGGAAAAAAAACCUAACAAGUGUCAGGAGUGCCAAAAGAAAUUAACUCAUCAUUUACAGGGGAAAUGUCAAAGUACUUGCCAAGGAGAGAAACCAUAUGAAUGUGAGGAAUGUGGGAAAGUCUUCAGGUUGUGUUCACAGCUUAAUCAGCAUCAGAGAAUCCACACCGGAGAAAAACCAUUUAAAUGUACUGAAUGUGGAAAAGCCUUCCGUCUGAGCUCUAAACUUAUUCAGCAUCAAAGAAUUCACACUGGAGAGAAACCCUAUAGGUGUGAGGAUUGUGGAAAAGCCUUUGGUCAGAGUUCAAGCCUCAUCCACCAUCAGAGAAUUCAUACAGGAGAGAGGCCCUAUGGUUGUCAUGAGUGUGGGAAAGCCUUCUGUCAGCAAUCCCAGCUGAUCAGACACCAGAGGAUUCACACUGGAGAAAGGCCUUACAUGUGUAAGGAAUGUGGGAAGGCAUUCAGCCAGAGCUCAACUCUAGCUCAACAUCAGAGAAUACACACUGGGGAAAAAUCUCAAAUCUCAAGAACCUCAGAUAGUCCAAGCCUUGUGCCACAUCAAAGAAUUCACACUGUGGAAAAACCAUUUAAAUGUGAUGAAUGUGGGAAAGCUUUUAGAUGGACCUCUCGCCUUAAUCAGCAUCAGUUAAUUCACACUGGAGAGAAACCUUAUAAAUGUAACAAAUGCACAAAAGCCUUUGGUUGUAGCUCAAGGCUUAUACGCCACCAGAGAACUCACACUGGAGAAAAGCCAUUUAAAUGUGAUGAGUGUGGGAAGGGCUUUGUCCAGGGCUCACACCUUACCCAACAUCAAAGGAUUCACACUGGAGAGAAACCUUAUGCAUGUAAUGACUGUGGCAAAGCCUUUAGUCAGAGCUCAAGUCUUAUUUGCCACCAGAGAAUCCAUAAGGGAGAGAAACCCUAUGAAUGUCUUGAAUGUGGAAAAGCCUUUAGUGUGAGCACACAGCUUACAAUCCAUCAGAGGAUUCACACUGGAGAGAGACCCUACAAGUGUAGUGAAUGUGGGAAAGCCUUCAGUCAAAAUUCAACCCUUUUCCAACACCAGAUAAUUCAUGCUGGAGUGAAGCCUUAUGAAUGUAGUGAAUGUGGGAAAGCGUUUAGUCGUAGUUCCUAUCUUAUUGAACACCAGAGAAUUCACACAAGAGCCCAGUGGUAUUAUGAAUAUGGAAAUACCCUGGAAGGCUCAAACUUGGUGAGUCGUAAAAAGGUUAAUACUAUAAAGAAGUUACAUAAAUGUAGUGAAUGUGAGAAAAUAUUCAGGUGGCGUUCACACCUAAUUAUACACCAGAGAAUCCACACUGGAGAGAAACCUUACAAGUGCAAUGAGUGUGGGAAAGCUUUUAAUCGGAGCUCGAGGCUUACUCACCAUCAAAAAAGUCAUAUGGGCUAG